AUUGCUUUUUGUAAAAUAAAAUGCUUUGCUGCAUAAAAAUGAGAAGAUGGACAAUUGUGUUUUGCUGGUUUCUGUGCGUCAUUGUCAUGCCGACCUGUUGGUGUGCACGUGCAAAAUAUGCUAAGAAGCUCCUGACUGAUCUGAUGUCAAACUACACUAAGGCACUCAUACCUGUGGAGGACACAAACAUCAUCCUUAACGUGACCUUGCAGGUCACACUCUCACAAAUCAUUGACAUGGAUGAGAGAAACCAAAUCUUGACUGCAUAUUUAUGGAUUCGGCAAGUUUGGUUUGAUGCCCAUCUCAAGUGGAAUAAAGAGGAUUUCGAUGGGCUUGAUACCAUCCGUAUACCAGGUAGCUACGUGUGGAGACCAGAUAUAGUUCUGUAUAACAGUGCAGAUGAUCGCUUCACCGGUCCCAUGGACACUAACGUGGUAAUCCGGCACGACGGCCAGAUGAUGUGGGAUUCUCCAUAUAUCACCAAGAGUUCAUGCAAAGUGGACGUAUCUUUCUUUCCAUUUGACGCCCAGCAGUGUAGAUUUACUUACGGCUCCUGGACAUACAACGGUAACCAGCUCGACAUCCAGAACGCCAUGGAGAGUGCUGACCUGGCUGACUUGGUGGAGAAUGUGGAGUGGGAGGUGCUUGGCAUGCCGGCGAAGAAGAACAUUGUUCUGUAUGGCUGCUGUGCUGACCCGUACCCAGAUGUGACCUUUACAUUAAAACUAAAGAGACGGGCCUCCUUUUAUGUUUUCAACCUUCUGAUACCGUGUGUAAUGAUCUCUUUUCUGGCUCCAUUGGGCUUCUACCUACCAGCUGACUCCGGGGAGAAGGUAUCUUUGGGUGUCACCGUAAUGCUGGCACUCACCGUUUUUCAACUGUUGGUUGCAGAGAUCAUGCCACCUUCAGAGAAUGUUCCGCUUAUUGGGAAAUACUACAUUGCCACGAUGACCAUGAUCACAGCCUCCACAGCUCUGACCAUCUUCAUCAUGAAUAUUCACCACUGUGGGCCCGACGCAAAGCCUGUUCCCAAGUGGGCCAAAAAGGUUAUUUUGCAGUACAUGGCCAGGGUGUGCUUUGUGUAUGAAGUUGGUGAAAACUGCAUGAUGUCACAGCCGGAGAAGCAUGAAGCUCCGUGUGCAAAAAACAGCCCCAUGAAUGGGCAGGUGGGGUCAGGCAGGGAGGAGAGCGUUUCCAAAGCAGAUGGAGGCCAGGAGACAGCAGGUUCCAUCAUCACUGAAGGAAAGGAAGAUCUCGAUCAGUUAACCAGUCUAUCAAGCUCAGUUAGGAAGAACCAAACCAACAACUGUCCUUGGCAGAGUGGCGUCUUCAUGAGUCUAGACUGUGAAGAUUCAGGUGCUCACACGAGACGCAGGAAAGGGGGAGUGAGCGACGAAGAGAAAAAAGAUGGAGAUGUGUUCUGCAGAAGACACAGUGACGAGCAUCUGCUGCUGCGUGAUAUUGAAUACAUUGCCAACUACUAUAGAGACCAGAGGGCCACGCAGAAAAGGACAGGGGAAUGGAAAAAAGUAGCCAAAGUGCUAGAUCGUUUCUUCAUGUGGAUGUUUUUUAUAUUAGUAUUUUUUAUGAGCCUUCUCAUCAUGGGAAAGGCUGUCUAAAUUCUCAUUUCAUAAUCAGGCUAAUAGUGUUAUAAACGGUUAUAACGGUGUUAUAAAAAGUGAUUAAUCAACAUGAAGAACAUUGUUUUCCCAGCAUUUAAAAAUCUAUUGUCUAAUCAAUAAAGUUUUCCUUAACUUGGU